CCUGGAAGGAAGUAGCACGACAAACACGCGCAGAGUUGUACCCAUCGCCACUCUUGAUUCUCAAAACUCUUUGGGAAUAUUAGAUGCACAUAUUUAUAUUAUAACAUUCACCUUCGUCAUUUACCUGAAAAUCACAGAGACUCGCCACGAGUGACUUCACCCACAGCAGUGAGGAUGUUGUCAUGUCACUUGAGGUCGUUGAGGCUGAGCACGGUAGUAGUACGCCCACUGUUGCUGCACGCCCGCACUAUGUAUGUAGCCCCCGAGCCUGUAGUUAUUAUGCAGGAAGUGGAGGACAAGGGUGUCAUUACCCUCAAUAGGCCGAGGGUACUUAAUGCCCUCAACUACGAAAUGGUUCAGUUCAUCCAUCCCCGGCUCAAGGAAUGGGAGAGCACCAAGAGAUUGGUCAUCAUUAAAGGGAUGGGAGAGAAGGCAUUCUGUGCUGGAGGGGACGUGCGAGCCAUUGUUGAGACAGUAGGGAAGCCAGAUGCCGUGGGAGAGUAUUUCUUCCGUGACGAAUACAUCCUCAACUACCUCAUAGGGACUCUUCGUAUCCCUUACAUCGCCCUCAUUGAUGGCAUCACCAUGGGUGGCGGUGCAGGCCUCUCUGUGCAUGGCCAGUACCGGGUGGCCACAGAACGCACUAUCUUCGCCAUGCCAGAAGUAAACAUUGGCCUCGCUGCUGAUGUUGGUGGUUCCUAUUUUCUGCCCAGAUUGGAGGGACGGCUGGGAACAUAUCUAGCUCUGACUGGCCAUCGACUAAAAGGACGAGAUGUGCUAAAGGCAGGUGUAGCCACCCAUGUGUGUGACGGAGCAAGGAUUGGAGAACUAGAAGAAGCCUUACUGGACCUGCAGUUUGCAUGCCCGGAGGAUGUGGCUGCUGUAUUACAAAAGUUCCAUGAGGAGGCAACCUUCAGUAAGGAUGCACCAUUCUCCCUGCAGCCGGUGCUCCCUAAGAUUCAGUCUUGCUUCUCAGGUGCCACUGUGGAAGAGAUUUUUAGAAAUCUGGAGAAGGAUGGUUCUGAGUGGGCACUGAAGCAAUUGGAGAUCCUUAAGGGAAUGCCACCAUCUUCUCUGAAAGUGACGUGUCAGGUGCUGAAGCGAGGAGCACACUUCACCCUGCAGGAAUGCCUCACCAUGGAGUACCGCACUGUGAAGCGCAUGUAUAAGGAGCAUAACUUUAGUGAAGGCGUCCGGUCAGUCCUGAUGGACCGGGACAACAACCCCCAGUGGAAACCCAAGACUCUUGAGGAAGUUACUUCCGAAAGGGUGGAUGAGUACUUUGCACCUUUGCCUAAUGAAGAAGACCUUGAGUUCUAAACUUGUGAAGAUAUCGUGGCUAAAUGCUUUACCGUGAGCAGCAUUGUGUGUUGAAGGUUUCUGUAUUCAAGAUCAAGAUCUGCAAUCAAAUCUGGAGGCUGUUCAAGAAUGAAUCAUAUCAACUUUUAAGAGGAUUAUACAAGAUGGAACAACCUGUACCUUACGGAAAUAGAAGAGGAACCAGGGGAAACAUGGGAGAUGUCAGCCAUUGAAGUUUGUCAUCUGCUUGAAGAGAAACCACAGUUACCUUAUGUUCAACAGGAACGAGCCCAUAGAUGGGUCAGUACAUUCCAUAUUGCCAACCGACUAUCAUCACCUGCUUUAAAAGGUUUUCAAAUUUGAAACAUCUUAAAGCUUUUGCUGCCAUCAUUUAAAUCAAUGGAUAUUUGUGUGCAGCUUUGCAAGCAGUCAAGAAAACUCAAAUUCCCUUGUUGAAACAAGCCAAAAUUGAAGCCGUGAUUGCUUAUUUUUGCUAUUCAAGACUUAUAAUUAUAAAGAAAAUGGCCAGUGUUUCUACUGAUGGGAACAACGUUAGAAGCAACACUGACCCUAGUGAAGCAGUGGAUGACAGUGGUGAUGACGAUGUUGCUGCUGUUACCACUGGUGUAGGGGCUACAAAGAGUGCAGCUGGAGACCUCUCUAGUAUAGUCAGUAGUGGACCGACCAGCAGAGCUGCCCUCCAGGAUUCUUUUGAAUCCGUGGAUAAUGUUGUUGGCCUUCCUGAGCCAUCAGUGACAUGCAAGACUAAGGAGAGCUGCUCAGCCACGGGUGAUGGUUCUCUGACGGCUUGCCUAGCAGAUUCCCUGAGGUUGACUCAAUUUUGGUACCAUACCAAAGAAAAUUUAUGAAGAUGCAAUAAGUAAUUCCAGAAUUCCUUUCGGUAGUAGUUCUACCAACUAAACUUCGGUCACACUUGUAAAUGUAUCUUAAGAGUUCAAACUUAAAACUACUGGAUAUCAUACACCAUCAAACUAAUCUUUUGCGCAUAAUUCCUUACAUUUGUUUCCUGUUGACACUGGUUUCACAACUUUACAACAUGCUGCUACCAGAAGACCGCAUCAGCUACGUUUACCCCUGUGCAGGAUGACUCACAUUUAGCAGAGCAUCCUGUCAAGAGGCUCAAGAAGCUGGCACAGACUGACACUGUUUCGUAGUUGACACAAACACUCAACCACAAAUUAUUUAUGCAAGUACAAUAAGAAUAUAUAACUCUGCAUAGCAUAUAACUAUAUUUUAUGUAUCGUAUGAUAGUCAAAAUACAUCCUUUGCUGUGAGA